AUGGAAAUGGAAUGGGAGAGGAAAGAAAGUGGAAAGAACUUGGACAGAACAAGGAACAAAAAAGGAGAGAGGAGAAGAAAGAGGGUGGAGAGAGGGCAAAGAGAAAAGAGAAAGAUAAGCAAAAAGGAAAAAAGAGAAAGAGGUAGGGAUCAAAGGGGAAUGAGAGAUGAAAGAAAGUGGAAAGAGCAUGGACAGAACGAGGAAAGAAAGAGGAGAGAGGGGAAGAAAGAAGGUGGAGAUAGGGCAGAGAGAAGAGAGAAAGAUAAGCAAAAAGGAAAAACAAGAAACAGGCAGGGAUCAAAGGGGAAUGAGAGAGGAAAGAAAGUGGAAAGUACAUGGACAGAACAAGGAACAAAAAAGGAGAGAGGGGAAAAAAGAAGGAAGACAGAGGGCAAAGAGAAAAGAGAAAGAUAA